AGCGGAGCUGCACUUUUCAGCUCAUUUUCCUCCUGUCAUUCCUCCUCCUAUCUUUGAUCAUUGUCCCGCUGCUCGGCCCCCCCUCAAAAAAAAAAAAAAAAAAAAAAAACACCCUCAUUCAGCACGCCUUUUUUUUUUUUUUUUUUUCCCCCAUUGGUGGCUCUUUUUACUUCCUAACUUAGCCGAGGAGCUAAACUCUCGUGGAUUCUUUCAUUCAGGGGUGUCUCGGCAGGCUGGGUUUUCUACUUUGAACUUCGGCGACUCUCUUCCCCUCUUGUAGGUGACCAUGGCCGUACCGGCUGCUCUGAUCCCACAAACUCCCCUGGUUCCACCGCCUCCAAUCUCGACUCCCUCCGCAACGACGUCCCCGCCGUCGACAACUUCAUCACCGUCUCCAUCCCUGGCCCCCCCAUCCGGACCCGGACAGAACCUGUUCAGAUCAGAGCUCCUCGCGACCAGCAGUCCGGGCAUCCCGACUCCGACUGCGGCUCUACCCCCCAGCAAGCCCGUCUAUUCGACCCCGUCGCCUGUUGAAAAUAUACCGCAAAACAAUGAGUGCAAGAUGGUUGAGUUGCGCGGUGCAAAAGUAGCCUCUUUCACCGUGGACGGCUGCGAGCUCAUCUGCCUUCCUCAGGCUUUCGACCUGUUCCUGAAGCACCUGGUCGGCGGACUGCAUACGGUGUACACCAAGCUGAAGCGGCUUGAGAUCACGCCGGUGGUGUGCAAUGUGGAGCAGGUCCGCAUCCUCAGAGGGCUCGGCGCCAUCCAACCCGGGGUGAACCGCUGCAAACUCAUCUCCAGAAAAGACUUUGAGACUCUCUACAACGACUGCACCAAUGCGAGCUCCAGACCCGGCCGGCCUCCGAAGAGAACCCAGAGCGUGACAUCACCAGAGAACCCCCACAUCAUGCCCCACUCGGUCCCUGGACUCAUGUCUCCUGGAAUGAUCCCACCCACAGGCCUGACAGCGGCGGCGGCAGCAGCUGCCAACGCAGCCAUCGCAGAGGCCAUGAAGGUCAAGAAGAUCAAGCUGGAAGCGAUGAGCAGCUACCACAGCAAUGCCAACCACCAUGGAGCCGACGGAGAGAAUGGAGACCUCAGCUCCAGUGUUGAUUUAGAUGACCAGAAAAGUUGCAGUUCUGUUCCGAUGAAGAUUAACAGCUGCACAAAUCACUGGUUGGAACUCCCCUUCAUGAUGAUGCCACACCCCCUGAUUCCAGUCAGCCUGCCCCCAGCCUCUGUCACCAUGGCAAUGAGCCAGAUGAACCACCUCAGCACCAUUGCAAACAUGGCUGCUGCAGCACAGGGCCAAAGUCUACCUUCCAGAAUGGUCACCUCUGUUAUAAAGGGGUUGCAGGAACGAGUGCCGGACAGUCCCUCCCCUGCCCCUUCCUUAGAAGACAACAGGAGGCCGGGCAGUCACCCAUCGUCCCACCGCAGCAGCAGUGUGUCCAGCUCCCCAGCCCACACAGAAAGCUCCUCAGACAGGAUACCGGCACACCACAAUGGCCUGUCCAUGAACCAAGCCCUGCUAGGUCUGUCUCCCAACAUGGCACCUGGGCCUAAAGAGGGAGACCUGGCCCACGACAUGAGCCAUGAAGCAAAGAGGAUGCACAUUGACAAAGAAGACAACCCGAUGUGCACCCCAACAGCAAGAGACAGCUAUGAGCGGUUGUCACUGGCUGGACAAGCUCUGCCUCCUGGUUUCCCCUCGCCAUUUCUCUUCCCAGAUGGUUUGUCCUCGAUAGAGACUCUUCUCACCAACAUACAGGGCCUACUUAAAGUGGCAAUUGACAAUGCACGGGCUCAGGAGAAGCAGGUGCAGCUUGAGAAGACAGAGCUGAAGAUGGAGCUGUUCAGAGAGAGGGAGCUCAGGGAGACUCUGGAGAAGCAGCUCGCCAUGGAGCAGAAGAACAGAGCAAUCAUCCAGAAGCGUCUGAAGAAGGAGAAAAAGGCCAAGAGGAAACUUCAAGAAGCUCUGGAGUACGAAUCCAAAAGGAGAGAGCAGGCAGAGCAGACGCUGAAGCAGCCCUCGCCCUCUGACAGCAUGCGUUCACUCAACGGUCUGACACUGCAACUGCCCAUCACAGCAUUUAGUGUGAACUCUAAUGACUCUCUGACCCCUGAGAUGGAGAGUGACCGCAGCAGUGGAAGAACAGAUGCUGAAAGGACAAUACAAGAUGGAAGACUGUUCCUGAAAACUACGGUGAUGUACUGAUAAUGCCACGAGGAGCCGAAGGAAAGAAAAAUUUCAUUUAAAAAGAAAAACAAAACAAAAAAGGACAGACAAGAAAACCCAUGAAGAUUCUAAAGAGCCCUUUUCCAGGCCCGUUGAGUUGUGGAGAGAAGUCAAGCUGCUUGUAGGUGGAAAUGCUGUGUUCACCCAAAUGCUGGAGGAGGUUUGAGUCUGAAUGUAGAAUAAGAAGUCUUUUUUUUUUUUUUUUUUUCCAUCACAGAGGUCAACGAAAAAUAGUUUGAUAAGGCAGGUUUUGAUGUGACAGGUUGGCCGACGUGAAGGAUAAACAUAUUUACUGAGCACAGUCAAAAAAAAUGUACCCGUGGUACAUUGUUGGUAAUAACUCAUAAAUUCACAGCACUGAAGAUUUUUAUACUGUAUCUCAGCCAGCGAGAAAGCUUCGAAAUAGAAAUUUGACUGAAGUUUUGUUUUGUAUUUCAAAUUGAAUUCUAAGAAGCUAAAUAUGACGUUUGGAGAUGAACCUCGUGGGGGAAAAAAAAAGAGAAUCUACCCAUGUUUUCAUCCAAAAGAAAAGACUGAUGUUUGAUUUUCAUGUUUUCUAAAUUAGAUGAGAAUACAAUCAAGUUUCCUUUUUACCAUCGUUGUACAUACAAGAUCUGACGAUAAUGAUAGGAAAACCCCCUCUACCGACCCCGAGUGGAUUGAUAAGGUAUGUGUAUAUAACGUUAAGAGGUAUUGUGUAUGCAGUAGAGCUAUUAGGCAAACAAUACCACCAUUUAUAUAAACCUCCAGUUUUGUUUCGUUCUAUCUCUGAGCCAUCAUUCUUUCCUAUAGCUGCCAUUUUGGUGAGAAAGCAUGCAGGCAUGUAAAUGUUUGUCCUGGAAUUAUGAUAUUUAAUAAAUCCUAUAUUGUGCUGAACAAAUACUAGGGUUGACUCACUCAAGCCCAGAUGAUUUUGAAAACAUAAUUAACGAGCAUUUCACUUUCAAAAUGAAGACUUUGCUGUUGAUAGUACUGUAAUAUUUGUAACAGAGGUAAUAUUUCUUGGAAUUUACUGUACAUUUUUGUCAUGAGACACACUCAGAAAUCAGCACUUCUCAAUGCUUUUUUUUCCUUCUUUUUUUAAAAAAAAUAAGGUGUCUGGUCUAAUAUUAUGACAUGCCAGCUUGAGAAACAAUCAAGUCGAGAUGCAAACUUUUAAAAACUGAAUACUUUCAAUACAUUGUUCAAAUCUCUGUUUAACCUACACAAGUACACAUUUUGUUUUAAGAGUGUUUUAUGAUAAUCCUGGUGAGAAAAUGACUUCUUUCCUUAAAGACUUUUGAAUUGUGGUGCUGAAACACCUGUGUAUAUUCUCUAGUCAUAAGCUGAUGUCAGUCCUUUUAACUGCAAAACAGUUUAGACCGUAUGUGUUACAAUCAAGAAGAUGAGGAAGAGAAAGAGGAGGCGUGUCCCAUGUUCACAAUGUGUUUGUUCCUUUUGUUCUCAAUGGAGUGUCUGUUGUCACUGAUAACUUAUAUAGCUUCUUGAAUCAUCUCUUCAUUGUACUUCAAAUUCAAAUAAAGUUAACAUGUUGAUGAUAAACUUACGUGAGUUGAAUAUGUUGCCUGAGCUUGAUUUGAGGUAGAGGCAGUCAGAUGUGGCUGCUGGAACAUUCCAGAUGCAGAUCGAGACCACUAACGCAGAAAGAUGUGGUGGCCAACUGCUGGAGACAGAAGUCCUUGGGCAGCAGUUGCUUUCUUUUCGAUUGUUGUGUUUUUGGUGGUUUUUUGAGGCAUUUACAAUAAAUCCUCAGUCUUUUAAACCUUUUCUGUGUAUUAUGUAUGGCCUAAAGAAACAUUGCAGGCUUACUGUACUGUAAUAAAAAAAAUGAGCAUAUUGUUCUUUUGCUUUGUAAAGCAGUAAAACUAAAAAAAAGCAUAGUAUAAAUGCAUAAUCAAA